AUGAGUGAAUUGGGUAGGGAUAGAUGGAUGGAUGGAAUAAAUGGUGGUGGUGAUGAUGUUGGUGGGAAGGGACAGGGAUUGAAUUUCACGAAUGGCGAGAGGCAGCUUUUGCUUCUUUGCUUAUUUUUGCUUGAUGCCACAAGGCAGCGUCCAUCAGCUAUCGUUAUCGUUGUCGUUGUCGUUGCCGUUGUCGUUGUCGUCGUUGCGAAUUGUACAUCGUUAGCGCUUCUGGUUCCCUCAUCCUUUUCCCAUGCAGCUAAUUUACACAAGCACCAGAUACAAACAUUGAAGCGCACGGAGACUGUUAUUAACGGUGGUUGGGACAUUGCUGCUGCUGCUGCUGCUGCUGCUGCUGUUCUGUCGUGA